AUGUGUUACCAGUCUAAACCCCGGCAUACCGCUGCCGGUGAUCUUAUCGCCAUUCUGCACCGGGUCUACGACGACAACCGGAUCCAAACUGCUGGCAGCACGUGCUGGUGCCGUCUGCUGCUCAGCAACACAUGUCGAGGUGAGAUCCUGGGAGAGCUCAGGUGCGAGGAGCCAAGGAAUACGAAGAAGUUCCUGGGCCAGAAGUUGAACGUCACUGUGUGGACGUACGCGACCGAGCACACCCAACCUGUGCCGGCUCAAAGAUAUCAAAACCCUGUCUUUGUACGCUUUGCGUUAAUCGCAGGAGCAGGCCCUACGAUUGUCAAUCCCGAUGCCCGUGAUGGCCUUGAUGGGGUUGAUCGUAGAGAUUUUGAUCUCACGGUCGCUGACCGAGGUAUUGUGGGCAGAGAAGUAGAUGUUGCAAAUGAGCAGGGCAAAGUCCUAGGAAGGGGUAUAAUUGGUUGGAAUUGA